UAUAAUGGCGCUAUUUAUCCCAUUGAAUGCACAUUUCUAGAUAUUACGUUUGUAGAAUGUUAUGUUCCACAUAAACGAUACUCUUUGUUUCGCUGCUCUAGAUGCUUUUCGCAUCAAAUAGUUUUGACCGGGAUUCUUGGGCUGAUGCUACCGCUAAUGUUAGGCAAGAUGUAGCAUUGACAAACGCAUAUCUAGCUUUAGUUUUCAGGUAAGUAGUGGUAGAAGUAGAAUUGAUCAGGCCUAUGUUCCCUCCUUAGAGGACAUCUCGCCUCUUACGGAGCAGACAGUCCCUGCAAGUAACAUUUUAUCUAUAAUACAUCCACCUGACCAUAUUGCCCACGGACAGUAUUUCUUCUGGCACAAUGUCCAAGUCCAUCGAUCCUCCAGUGGAACAAAUCAACGCGUUUGGGGACCAUGGACCACUGCGCAGGAUCAUUGCUGAAGACCCAGAGUGGUCCCUUGCUCUGGUGCCUCCCUUAUCCAUACUCUGCCUGCAAAACAUCGUGACAAACUUCGAGGAAAAGCAGACCAUCGAAGAGCUGCUGCCCGCUCAUAAGGAGUACGUGCUGGGCCGGCUGCCCCCCUCCCUGCCGCUGCACGUCACCGCCAACCUGAUCUCGGACCCGGGCUACUGGCGCCGCUGCUGCGUGCAGCGCUGGAACCCCUGCGACGUGUCCCAGUAUGGCCACAGCUGGAAGCGCAUGUUCUUCGAGAAGCACCUGGAGAACCUGCUGGAGCUGUUCAUCCCGGACGUGACGCCGCCGCAAUCCAUCCUGGAGCUGGUGCCCCUGUGCAGGGACUACGUCCUCAGGCUGGACGUCUCCCAGCUGCUGCCCCCCAUCAAGGAGCCCGGGAACCCCGGGAGGGAGAGGCCGCGCGAGGAGCAGCAGCAGGAGGAGGAGGAGGGGGAGGAGGAGCAGGAGGAGGAGGAGGACGCGGCCAGCGACGUGGGUCCGUCGAUGGACCACUUUGACUUCGGCCUGCUGUUGGACCAGCUCAGCCGCCUGGAGGAGCUGCGGCUGGUUUACAGGGUCCGGGGCUGCGGCAUGAACUUUGAGUGGAACCUGUUUGAGUUCACGCUCCGCGACUGCGAGGCCCUGGCGAGAGCGCUCAAGUCCUGCCACACCUUGAAGGUCCUGAGGCUUUGCCAGAGCAAAGUGGAGGACGAGCGCUGCCGGAUCCUGGCCCUCCACCUGCUGGACCACCCGUCGCUACUCGAGCUGGACCUCUCCCACAACCUCAUCGGCGACCGAGGGGCCCGGGCCAUCGCCAAGCUGCUGUCCAGGAGCCGCCUGGAGGGCCUCGACCUGUACGACAACGAGGUCGCGGGCCCCGGCGGGCGGGCCAUCGCCCACGCGCUGUCCCGGAGCGCCACCCUCCGCAGCCUCAACCUGCGGCUGAACCGGUUGGGGGACGAGGGCGGACGGGCCGUCGGCCAAGCUCUGCUGACCAAUCGCACACUCCGCCGGCUGCACCUGGGCGCCAACGAGAUGGGAGAGGCCAGCGCCGCCGUGCUGGCGCAGGUGCUGGUCCAGAACGACACGCUGACCAGCAUCAACCUCUCCUGCAACAGCCUGGGCGCGGAUGGAGGUAAGAUUCUGGAAGACGCGAUGUCCCAUAACAACGCCGUGACGGAGUUUGACGUCCGACUGACGGAGGUGGGCGAGGGGAGCGAGGCCUUUAUCGGCCAGAGGGUGCGAAGCAAUCAGGGCAGGGUGCGUGAGCAUCCCGCCUGAGAGAACGCCAACGGCAAGUAGACUGUGUGAUUCAACACAGUAAAACCUGAACGAUGCUCACACACUCAUGGUUCCCACCGCUCUUCUGUUCACCUCUUGCGGGGGAGAAUGACAAAACGGAAUAGAGAUUGAAUCUUUGAA